AUGAAACAAAGCGAAACAACAAGUAUUUCUAUUAUACUAGUAUGCACGAAAUUGGGUAACCUUGAUUUCGUGGAAAUAUGGGAUAUCGCAAACUUUUUUGGAAAGGAUUUAGUUUUCUUAGGCACUGCAUCCGGAUAUCCGUCGCCUCAUCGAGGAGCUUCCGGAGUAGUGUUACGUGACUUAUGUUCUGGUUCACAAUGGUUAUUUGACUGUGGUGAAGGUGUACAGAUACAAGCGCAAAAGUCAUCUUUCGUCCACUUCGGGAAGAUCAAUUCUAUUUUCAUUUCACACCUUCAUGGUGAUCAUAUGUUUGGUCUUCCUGGACUUUUAUGCACAAUCGAUCAGAAAGGUGAAGCCAAUGUCGUAUCGGAAGAUGUAAACUCAAAAAACAGUGGUGCUUCCAUAAAUAUUUAUGGCCCCAAAGGACUUCGCCGGUUCCUUCGACUUGCUCUUGCUUUAUCAAGAGCUAAUUUGAGCUACACAUAUGCUGUUCAUGAGUUAAUAAUGGAAGAAAAACAUUGUCCUCCGAAUUGGCAAGAUUGGGCAUGUCUAGAAGCUGAUAUAACUCGAGACCCUCCAUUAUUUUGCGAACUUCCAGGUCGAGACAUUUUUGCGAAAACUGAUGGUUUCUGGUAUAAUAUUACAAAUAAUGAAGAAAAUUGUGAAAUGGUGCACGCAAUGUCUAUAAAACACACGAUUCCUUGCUUAGGAUGGCUAAUAAUAAAGCCAGAUCAUUCACCUUCCCUGUGUGUUGAAACAGCUAUGAAAUUAGGCGUUCCUUGUGGACGAUUAAUGGGUGAACUAAAACGAGGUAAAACAGUUGUAAUUGAUGGUAAAACAAUUCAACCUGCAGAUGUAUUGAAACCGCGUUUAAGGGGUCAUCGUAUUGCAAUCAUGGGAGAUACUUAUGAUUCUUCUGAACUUUUACACCUUAUGCAGGUUUUGCAUACUUCGAAUAAAAUUACUUCUAUAACUCUGGAUACUCUUGUACAUGAAGCUACUUUAGACGAUAAUUUAUAUGAGGAUGCACUGAGCAAAGGUCAUUCUGUACCAAGUGUUGUCAUGAAAUUAGCCUGUCAGCUCAAUGUUCGUCAGCUAGUUUUAACACAUUUCAGUCAUAGAUAUGAUCGAAUGAACUCUCCGGAUGAAAAUACUACAAAAAAUGAAAUUGAUGAACAGGUGAAUGAUUCAGAGAAGCCUAAAAGUAAUAAGAAAAACAAACCAAGCUUACAAAUUAUCCUAGAUCAAGCUAAAUCUACAGAUUUCACAGGAGAUAUCAUUUUGGCUGAUGAUCAACUUUUAGUUAAAAUUCCCCCUGUAACACAGUAACAAUAUCAGUAUGCAAAUGUUUAUACUUUUUGGGUUGUUUUUUCUUCACUGAACUGAUUUUCUCCAAAUAUCGCUUUUACAUGAGUAUCAGUGCACAAGAUUUUUCAAUAAAAGAUUCAUCUGGACCUACUCAGAUACACUGUUUUCCUUCACUAACAUCCAAAGUCGCUCAUUUCUCUUCUCGCUAGUAAUAUAAGUGAAUUUAUAUAAACAAGUUCGAGGGGCC